AGCGGGUCCGCGCAGGGUUUCCCGUUAAUCCUUCCGGCUUCCGCACGGCCGGCGCACUCAGGUUCCGUCCAAGCGCCGGUCCUCCGGGCGUGGGUCCGGACGCUCGGCGGGAGGCGGCGGGAAUGUCCAUCACCACUGGCCCCCAGUAAAUUCUAACAGCACCAUCCAGUCAACACUACAGCCAAGAAAACCCUCACAGAUUCCCAGAACUCUCCCUAGGAGGUGGUAGUGCUGCAAUGAGAGAGCAGUGCCUUGACGAUGGAGUAGCGCAGGAUCUGGGCUGAAGUGUGGGCUGGCCAGCCCAGCACGAAGGCAGUUCCUACUGAGGAGUGUUCACACGUGAAGUGUGCAGCUGGAUUUUCCUGCAAGAUCCUAAAUAAAUGAGAAACUGACUCCUCAGUGAACCCAGUGGUGGGGAUCUUUGUUCUGUUUGCAGCUGAAAGGCAUGUCAUUGGCAGAGCCGGACCCAGACAGUAUCACCACAUAGCUCCUGAGCUUCUCCACACCUGGUUUCCUGAUGAGUCUGUGGCAGGUUCAUCUUUGCACCCGGGAAGACCCCACUGUGAGCAGGAAGGACCUGUGACACAAGACCAACUCCUGCCCCAGAGGCUCUCUGUGUUUAGGGGGACUGUUUACAGCUUGUUGCUGCCCUUCUCAUGGGCUCCGGAUAAACUUACAAGAGAGGUUUAAAGGAAAGGCUUUAGUGGGGAAACAGUGUCCAGAGAAGGGCAAGAAAGGCACGGAUACCCAUAUCUGCCCAUUUUCCCAGCAGAAACGUUACCGGAGCCAGGAUGCUCUGCUGACCCUUGGCGUAGGUCCUCAUUCCAGGAGAGGGCCUUGGUACCACUCCUUCCUAUGAGGCCAGUGAACCCCAGCAUGUGAACUGCACGUGAUCACCCAGUUGGAGGAAGAACAAUGAUCGAUCCUGGAUCUUAGGGAGCUGAGAGGGGAGUGACCAAAAAUGCCUGUCUAGAUAGGGAGCUCUGAACUGAACCAAUACCUCAAUACCAAUCAGGCUGUUUCUGAAGAACUACAGUUAUCAGGGCAGCAGUGGAAAGCCUCAGAGGGAAUAGUGCCCAAGGUCCUAUGAAUGAAGACACCUGUAAAAGUGAGGGCCAGCUAUCAAAGCAGACAAAAUGUCCUAGACAGAAGAAAUCUUGUUUUGAGAAAACAGUGAUCAGAAACAUGUCAAUAACUCUCAAGGAGAUUUUCACUGGGGAGAGAGGCCCAGAAUCCAGUGAACUUACUCUUAGCUCAAAACUUAACACACAGCGGAAAAUUCCAAAGGGGGCUAGAUCUCCCACAUCUGGGGAAAACUCCAAACGUAAUUCAGAUUUAACGAAACACCAAAAACUCUUCCCACUAAAGAAACCUUGUAAAUGCAGAGAAUGUGGGAAAGCCUUUAGUUACCAAUCUGACCUUUUUGUCCACAGUAGAAUUCAUGGUGGAAAAAAGCCUUUUGCAUGCAAUGAAUGUGGGAAAACUUUUAGCCGAAGUACACAUCUGAUUGAACAUCAAAGAACACACACCGGAGAGAAACCGUAUGAGUGCAAUGAGUGUGGGAAAGCUUUCAGCCGGAGUACCCACCUUGGUCUCCACCAGAGGAUCCACACCGGAGAAAAACCAUAUGAAUGUAGUGAAUGUGGAAAAGCCUUCAGCCGAAGCACAAACCUUAGUCAACAUCAGCGAACUCAUACUCAAGAAAAACCUUACAAAUGUACUGAAUGUGGGAAAGCCUUCAGCGACCGUUCAACCAUAAUUCAGCAUCAACGGAUACACACAGGAGAGAACCCCUAUCAGUGCAGUGCAUGUGGAAAAACUUUCAGCUGGGUCUCAUCCCUCAGUGAACAUCAGAGAACACACACGGGGGAGAACCCCUAUGAGUGCAGGGACUGUGGGAAAGUGUUUACCCGGGGCUCAUCCCUCACUGAACAUCAGAGACUCCACACUGGGGAAAAGCCGCACGAGUGCAGAGAGUGUGGGAAGGGCUUUGGCCGGAGCUCCUCCCUUGCUAUUCACCAGAGAACUCACACUGGAGAGAAGCCUUACAAGUGUAACGACUGUGGGAAAGCCUUCAGCCAGAGCUCAACGCUCAUCAGACAUCAGCAGCUUCACACAAAGGAGUAAUAUCUGGGUUUUCAUCGAUAUUAGCACAAGAGCACAUCGCAUCACCUCCUGCAGCUGAAAAGAAAAUAGAAACGUUUCUGAAUUUUCCUUCCCUACUAGCUACCUAUAAGCCAGUUUCAAACUAGCAUGCCUUCCUUUUUCUGAACUAAAUGCUCAAAUGGGUGACCCAUACACAGUGGACUUCAAAAACCUAACAUCGGUCUAUUCUGGAGGGCUGCAACCUUAGAGUCUACUGCUACUUGACACCUUGCAUUUCCCUUUGUGGGGCUUGGGUCCCAGAACACCCACCGAAUGCUCUGCUUCCCAACCACAUCAGCCCCUUGACUUAGGGAGGAAAUCCUCAUGCUUGCUGGUUCCAGUAAUAGAGGAGGAGGAGCUGGACUUAGAACAAGACAAAGCUUCCCACUAGCCUGGGAAUAAUAGUGUUGAGGCAAAUUCAGCCUCUAGACUUAAAAGGACAGACUUUUCUCUUCCUCCUUUCCUCUCUUUCUUGCUGUAGCCUAUUUUCCUCAAAGUAUAACCCCUAGUUGUAAUGUGCCUAAUUAAUCCUCAUGUUGUAUUAUCUCAUCCUUAUGAAGAGUGUCCUAAAACUCUUACAAACAUUUAGUUCCUCCAUUAUCUUGAGGUAAAAAUGAUGUCGUAUUUUUAAAACUUUUCUUUUGUUUACAGACUUCAUGACCCUUGUACCCUCUGGUUCUGAGUCUCACCAGUCUUGUAAAACUGAUCUUUUCCAGGAGAAACUCAGUAUCUAUGUAUCAGUCCUUUUCCUACUUGACAGUUGCAGAAUUGGCCCUUUUGGCCACUCUUAUGCCUUAACAGUUGAGCUUCUGGGAUCCAUGAUUCUGUACUGACCCACACUUUUCCUACCUCCCAGCAUGUCUCUGAUUGACGGUGAUGAGCUCUGUGACUUUGGGCAAUGUUGGCCAGGAUAAUCUUAUGUCAUUGGGUUACAUUGCUUGGUUAUUCAGUGGGUCCGUCAGCUUCUUGAAGACCGAAGCCUUACUGUAGGCCCCUGAAAAAUGUCACAAAGUGCUCGUGGUCAUGAAACACCCUGUGAUUGUCGCUUACCGGCUCCUCUUUAUCCCAGGUGAUCAGUCUGCUGGACUUUAUUUGAAACAGCUCAAUAGUUGAUGUCUUUCUCUCCAUUCCUACUUCUGCUGGCAAGUCCUCGUAGUUUGGACGUAGAGUACUAAACACAUUGCUGAUGCCGUCUCCCUGUCUUUAGCUGCCUAACUCAACUACCACUUUGUUCAGAAACUGUCCCCAGGAGAAACUCAAGCUUUCACUUCAAGGCCUUCCACAGUUGGAUGGAUCUGGUUUCUUACUUUCCAUUGCUCCUUAGUACCCGAAGGCAGGCCACUCUUUUGUCUCGACUGCACCCUCUCCUCACACUGGCUUCUUUUCGGACAUGUCCUACUUGAUAAAAGGCCCUGCCUCCUCUGUGACAUACUCUGUCCCCCAGUUUCUUAGAAGUCCUUGGUAGUGGAAGUUUUCAUUCUUAUUUUUGCACUUUCUUAUUCUGUUCUCUGGUUCUUUCACGUGCUUUUAUCCAUAAGCUUUUGGAAGUUAGAAAUUGUCCUAAAUCUUGUAGAAGCCUCAAUACAGAGAACAAUGCAGUCCUGGGCUCUAGUUUUAAUCUAAACCAGGAGGGUUUAAGAGUGAAGUCCCUUUAUUCUUUUGAGUGGUGAGAUAAUGUCAUAAAUAUUUUGGUCCUUUUGGUCCUACCUUGAAUUAUGUUAACACUUGGGACUAACUCCUUUAGAGUCCUGGGAUAGAGCUCCUGGCCUCUUGGCUUUCCACUUCAUGAAACUGUUGUGAGUUUAUUCAUGUAAAGUUUUGAAAACAAUGCCUGAUGUAUAGUAAGUGCUCAAUAAAUGCUAAUUAUGAUGAUUCUACGCUUCACAUCUGUAGCUUUUCAUUUCAUCUCUUGCAGGCUCUGUAAAUCCAUUACGAGAAAUGAAAAACUAGGAUCACAAUCAAAUAAGUUAAAAGAUAUUUUAACUACUUUAAUAGGUAAUAGCCACCUAUUUUAUUGUAACUCUAUCAUGUGUCAAAAAUGACUGCUUACAAGAAAUGAUAAAAUAGAAAAGCAAAAACCUAUCAGCAUUAGAGAAAGAAGAAGGCCUAGAAAGUCAAGAGCUGGACAAAUUAGGGUAUGCAGUCGAUUGUUCAUUUGGAGAUGCAAACAGGAUUCUGGAAACGGAGUGAGAUGGUCAUUGUGUACAUUGUAUUUGGAGGGGAAAAUGUCCAUUCCUUAAGGACAGUAAUGCUUUCCUAAUAGUGAGUUGGGAUUUCCGGAAGGGAAGGUUGGUCAGCUAUAAGGAGAAAGGGUCUUCCAAUACAGCCCAUGUCACUGUGACAGCCCACACUUACGAACAUCUAAGUGUUGCCCUCUUCACUCAGGGCCACUCGCAGGCACUCAGCGUGGGCCUUGCAGGGGGAGAGGCAGGAGGGCAAUGACUGUGUGUACCGUUUCCCCAUGUGGCUGCCCCCAAACCCCACUUUUCCCACUGUCGGGGUGGGGGGGAAGGAUCAGGCACCCGGGCAAAAUGGGCCAAAGGGCCAGAAGCACGUGAGCCCAAGGCCAAACUCCCUGGACCCGCUGUUGUUUCUUCUCUUUUUAAAGCAGUCGUUUGCUAUAUUUUUAGCUAUGGAUUCUGGUUCUCGAUUUACCUCCGGAGAAGGGACGUGAAUGCAAAUGGAGUGGCGCAAAGUGAGCAAAGGUGUCAGUAGCGUGUGCAGCAGGGGAGCUGUGCCAGUAGCUUCACAUCUGCUGGUUUGUUCUGCAAUGAAGUUUUAGUGAUAGAAAACCGUGACUAUGCUCUGUUUUAACAUUCUUUUAAUGCUUUUUGAUACACAAUUUGGAGAUCUGACUAAAUUCAAUUUAAUACUUGGUUUUAAUGAAGAGUGUGCAUUCUUGGCAACACUGGCUCAGUACUCCUCAAUUUUCAUGCCAAGGUUUGUGUUGAAAUUCUGCUAGUGAUUUUGUCUUUCCUAGUAUGAUUUAAGUUGUUCUUGCGAACUAAUCAGAAAGUGUUGGCUUAAUAUUUUUAACAAUCAGGGGCCAGCCCGGUGGCUCAGGCAGUUGGAGCACCGUGCUCCUAAUGCCAAAGGCACCGGUUCGAUUCCCACACGGGCCAGUGAGCUGCACCCUCUACAGCUAAGAUGGUGAACAAAGCUUUCCCUGGAUCUGGGCUGCUACGAGCAGCUGCAGGGUGGCGUGAGCUGUUGUGUGCUGCCACGAGCGAGAGCUGCCGGUGCGCGGCCGACCGAUGACUGGCGACUGCCUCAGCCGGAGGUAGCGCAAAGCUCAUAUCAGCACAGGCCAGGGAGCUGUGUCCUACACAACUAGACUGAGAAACAAUGGCUUGAACCGGGCGGCGGGUGGGGGAAGGCAGAAGGAAAGGGGGAAAAUAUUUUUAACAAAGACAGAAAAAGGACUGCAGAUGGUCAGGAGUCCUGGGUGUCUGAAGUCGUGUUGCUGAGGAAGCCCUCUGGCCCAAUUCCUAGCUGUUGGCUUUUUAUGUAGUUUUGGGAGAUGGAGGCAGCAGCUGGUGAUAAUUUAACUUUUACCUUCUAUCAAAGCUGUAGCUAUCCUCCCACCUUUUGUCUUUUCUUUCCUAACACAUGGCUUUUAAAAUCUGGCUGUGAAAAAAAAAAAUCUGGCUGUGAAAGGAAAGGGAAGAGAUUGAAAGGAGGGGCAGUGAGAGGAUCAAAUUUAAGGAAAGGGCUGGGGGGCAACCAAGACCCCCAGUCCAUACCUCCUGGGGAUGUGUAAGACCUUAAAUAUCAGAAUUUGUCACCUCACAUUUGGAUUUUUGGUGACUUAAACUAUGGCUGUUCACAAGGCAUGACCUUGCUUUCUCUGUAAAUUGAUAAGCAACACUCUGUACUAAAACUGUGUGACCCAAACUCUGUUCUGCAGACUGAACUGAGAGCAGGACAUUGAUAAACGCUUACGCAUACAUUACUCUUUGUUCCUAUCUCAUGACCCCACUUGCUGACUACUGAGCCAGCUGAACUGAGGGUCCAGUUGCUGCCUGCAAUCAAAAAAUAAAUUAUAUAAAUUUAUGACUUUGUUUCCCUAACAGUUUAUCCCUUACAAUUUGCAUUUUAAAAAUCCUGUGCCAUUCUCAGAGCCUGUUUCCAGUUUGUGCAGAAGGCUAUGUUCUCUGCAAAUCAUAUCAGAAUAAACUUUUAAUUUCUUUCUGGAACUUUUGUUUACACUUUUAUAAGUGUUUUUUAGUUUUUAUCUCUAAGACAUAAAACAAGUCAAAUCUAUUUUAAACUUGUUCUCUAGGAAAUAAUUUGAUAAAAACAAUGUUCACUUAUUAAAAAUUAUGACAAAUUUAAAACAUACAAAAAAUUAGAGAACAGUAUAAUGAACUCCCAUAUGCCCAUUGCCAGGACUCAAUAAUUAAAAUUUUGCCACAUUUUCUUUAUUAGUCCCCUUUUUCUUCAUUUUAUUCUUUUGCUGAGCUAUUUUAAAUGAAACUGAGACAUUACAUAAUUUCAUCCCUAGAUAUUUCAUUAUGCAUUUCUAAACUCCAUGGACAAUUUUUCUUACAUAUGCUACUAUCAUCCCUAACAAAAUUAACAGUUAAGCCUUUGGUUACCCCUUAUUUUAUACAUGAAACACGAUGAGGAGUUAAAAAAUAUAUGCUGACAUCUGAGUCCUACCCCUUACGCC